AUGCAGCAGAGCACCGCCCGUCUCCUGGCCGCCGCCGCGGCCGUGGCCGUGGCCUGCCUAGCGCUGGCUCCAUCCGCGUACGCGCAGGGGACGUCCGGCUCCGGCUCCGGGGCGGUGCCGUCGUGCGCGGCGAAGCUGGUGCCGUGCGCGGGGUACCUCAACUCCACGUCCACGGCGGCGCCCGCAGCAGCCUGCUGCGGCCCGCUCAGGGAGGCGGCGGCCAACGAGACGGCGUGCCUGUGCGCCAUGCUGCUCAACAGGGCCGCACUGCAAGCGUUCGGCGUGGCGCCCGAGCAGGGCCUGAUCCUCGCCAGGCGAUGCAACGUCACCACCGACGCCUCUGCCUGCGCCGCCGGAGGCGCAGCCACUAGCGGCAGUACUGCUGCAUCUUCAGCUUCCACUGGCAGCGCUCCUUCUUCUUCAGUGACCAAACCAACAGCCAACGGAGGCAGCGUGGCGCGUCGCCUGAGCAUGACUGGCGCUUCGUCCUUGGUAGGCUUCAGUGUCAUCUGGUGGAUGAUCAUGGCGUAG